GGGACCUGCCACCCUUCCCGGAGCCCCUCGGUGAGCACCACCCCCACAGCCCCCAGCUGUGCUCAACCAGGCCUGGAACAGGAAGUGCUCGGAACCUUCCCUGACGUUGCCAUGGCGCCCACGACCCGGAAACCAAGGGCAAGCUCUCCCCGCCAAAGCACCUUGGCCCCUAAGAAGAGAAGGGUGAGCCCCAGAUGUCAUGAGCGCUCUCGGGAUUCAGAGUCGGAAGGUGAACGGCCCGCAGCAAGCCUGUAGUUCAGAGACCGGUGCAACGAGAGUGUCUCUGUUCCACAAGCUUCUCCGGUGUUUCUUCCCCCACACCCCCCGCACCCCCGAGGGUCAUUGCCACUACCGCUCAUGAAAAUGCUGAAUCCGCGCAGAGCUCGGCUGGAACGCCGGAUGGUUGGCUCAACAAACCGGUGGCGUUUUCCCUCAAAGCCCUUCUCCGGAGACCUGCUGGGGCUUUCGCAGAGGUGCAAGGCUUUGAGCGUGGACCUUGAUGAGGCUCUGAAGAACCCAGACAGGUUAUGCGUUUCACAAAUUCAGAAAAUAUUCUCUGAGACCUCGAAGAACAAGCCCGUCCAAGGCAGGGAGGCAGACGUGAUUCUCGAAUGUCUGGGCUCCAGAUGGGAACUCCAUCAGCCCCAGCUUUUCCAGUCCGAGACCUUGAGCAAGCUCUACCUGAUGGCGCUGGCCCAGAGCACCAAGAGGCCCACAAAGGAACUGGAGAGUCUUCUGCGAGCUCAGCUGCCUGGGAAAAUCAAGGAAAGACCCCCCAUGAAGAAGAUGAUCAUUUCCUUGAAGAUCAAUGACCCCGUGGUCACUAAAGUUGCCUUCGCCAUGGCCCUGAAGAGCCUCUACCUGAGCCAGGUGGAGAUGAACGUCGACGACGUGCUGGCCGUGCUGGCUUCCGCACACGUUCUCCAGUUCAGCAGCCUGUUUCAAAGGUGUGUGGCCGUGAUGAUGAAGGGACUCACGCCAAGCACCUUCAAGAGCUUUUACCUGGCCGGCUGCAAGUACAAGGAAGAGCAGCUCACCACUGCCUGCGAGAAGUGGCUGGAAAUGAACUUGGUCCCUCUGGUAGGGACACAGAUCCACCUCCGGAAAAUCCCGCAGGAGCUGCUUCACAGAGUACUGCGGUCCCCCAGGUUGUUCACUUUUGAUGAGUUUCAUCUUCUGAAAACGCUACUUUUGUGGGUCUUCUUGCAACUGAACCCCAAAGUGCAGACAGUUCCUGUGCGGGAAACGGUGCUGGCAUUUUUUACCAGCUUCUCCAGGAAGAAUUCCUUUCUGGAUCAGGACACGGGACAGAGCUUGGUGCCACUUUUCCUUUGCCUGCGCCUGCACGGCAUCAUCAAAGGCAAAAAUCUGGAGGAGUUAAGGCACAUUAACUUCUUCCCGGAGUCCUGGCUGAUCCGGGUUACAGCCAACCAUUACCACGCACUGGAGAGUGGGGGUGACAUGGCCCAUGUUAAAGAUCUUACCACCCAGGCCGUGAGAUUCGGGAUGCUCUUUAACCAGGAGUAUACAACUCAUUCGGAAGUGAUUGCCAUAUACGGAUUCUUCUUUGAGAUAAAGGGAGUCAGACAUGAUACUACCUCUUACAGUUUUUACAUGCAGAGAGUGAGGCACAGUGACGUGGUCUGCGAGCACGGCCCCGUCAGCCUGCGGGCGGAACGCCUGGUGAAGUACGAGAUCAGAGCCCAGACCCUGGUGGACGGCCAGUGGCAGGAGUUCAGGACCAACCAGAUCACCCAGAAGUUUGGGUUCUCCAAGCCAUCCUGCAGAAGCCACGCCUUGAAAAUCCACACCGCGGGCCUUCCAAUCUAUGCAAGUUUUUCAUUCAUCUUCCCAAUGUCUUGACAGUUUCCAGAAGAACCUGUGGGAUUUUUCUUUCUUUCGCCAGUGUCUACAUAAAAGAAAAUAAAACGGCGUUAAAGGGA